ACAUGGAGGGUUCAACGCUGACACAGAGGAGGGCUGAGUGUCAGUUGAAGGAAAGGGAGAUCCAGACAGACUACAUGAUGGAGCUGGGAGCCAGGUUGGCUCUGGUGAGACAGAUCCAGAGGGAGCAGGAGAAGGAGAUGAAGAGGAUUUGGUUUGAGACGAGGAAAAUGCCAAGCCUGAUUGAGGAGAAUGUGAGAGAUGUGACCAACCGUCCACUCACUGAGUUCAUGGCUCCCUGUAUUGACUCCCUCCCCCCUCUGGCUUUCACCAAUCGGAGGCCUAUACCAACAAUGUUACAUCCCCCUUCUCCAUCGGCCAUACGCGCUCAGGAUGCACAGCGGUUCAUUGUAUUUUCAUACUUUGUCCCUGCUGAGUGCCCAGUUGCCACAGAGGCCACAGCUGAUGUAUCUACUGGUAAAAGAGAGGACUUAUUGACAGAUACACAUCUUUCCUCAAUGUUGCAUCGAUACCUGCCACACUUCUUCAACGAUGACUCCAUUCCACCACAGCAGACAGUAGAGGGAACCACUGAGCUCUCAGUUCCAGUGGCAAUAUCUAAUAUAAAGGAAGAGGACAGAUUCUAUCCUUUCUCCCUCCCACCACUGGCUCAGCGGUUCGUUGGCAAUUCAUUCAUUGUCCCAGAAACCUCCCAGCCUGCUGUUUCAGCCACAGAGUGCCGAGUUGCCAAAGAGGCCACUGCAGACACAGCCACUGUCAAGAGAGAGAACCGAUGGGCAGCCAGAAGUCUUCCUUCAGUGCUGCCUCCAUGCCUGCCAAAAGUCUUUGACGAUGACUUCAAGCCUACAGAGCAGACAGUAGAGGAUGCCUAUGAGGUCUCAGGUGCUACAGAGAACACUUCAGGCACAGCUACUGUUGAUGGAGUGGACAGAUCAACAGCUAAAUGCCCUGUCCCAAUGCUGCCUCCAAGUCUGCCACCUGUCUUUGACAAUGACUACAAACUGCCAGAGGAGGCAGUAGAGGGAACCAACAAGUGUCCAGUCGCCAGUGAAUCUGCCGCUUCCGUGUCCGCUGUCCUCCAAGAGGAGUUUUCAGCUGAUAAGAGUUUUCCUGCACCCGCAGCACUGCCUCUAAGGCUGCCCUGCACCGACAGCAUUGACCACAAACAGCUAUGGGAGAAUGUUGAGGACAACGCAGAGUUCUCAGUAGACAAAGAAGCAACUGUUGCCAUUUACACUUGGGAAGAUAAAAGUCCUUCAGUUCUGCCAUGCAUCCACAACAACAACGACCACCAACUGCCAGAGGAGACAGCUGAGGACAACACAGAGUGCUCAGUUGACACCGAGGCAAGUGCAGUUGCAUCCACUGUUAAGAGAGAGGAACUGACUUGUGAUAAAAGCCCUGUCCGAGCAAUUCCUCCAAUCCUGGGAUGCAUCCAUGACAAGGACCACAAGGAGGAGGUGAGACAGAGGGAGGGAUUGAAGCGUGAGGCGGACUGUGCCCAUUCCAAGAGCUCCAAUGGGAUGGCUUCAUCAGAGAGAGCAGAGACCAUCCUUGGAAGAAACUGUGUUUUCAGCUAA